AUUUUUAAACAAUCAAUGCAUUUCCUUUUUCUACAAUUAUCAAAAACAAAAUAAUUUAUGUAAUUUCCCCUUGGUACCAAUUGGCUGCUGCUUUCAUUCUCAAUUUCUCACAAUCUAUAACUAUCUACAAGACCGGAGCCGCCUCACACUGUACCCGUAAACCCGGUUCAUAUUCUUCAUCGCCGGUUAACCGGAAACCGUCGAACCGAAGAUGGCGGAAGUGGCGAGCAACGUUGUGCACGAAGUUCUAGGCAAACGAGCUGUAGAUGUAGAUCAACCUAUUAUCGAUUAUAUUAUCAAUGUCGUAGCUGAUGAAGAUUUCGAUUUUGGAAUCGAUGGCGAUGGUGCUUUUGAAGCCCUUGGAGAGUUGCUUGUUGAUUCCGGUUGCGUUACGGAUUUCAACGAAUGCCGUGCGGUUUGUAGCAAGUUGUCUGAGAAGUUAGAGAAGCAUGGAUUGGUUAAACCCCAACCAACUGUGAGAAGCUUAAAAAUGCCAUUGAGAAUGUUUGAUGGAAUGGAUGAAGAGGAAGCUCCAAGGAAUAAAAAGCCAGAACCAGUUGAUGGUCCUUUGCUCACAGAACGUGACAAGCUUAAGCUCGAAAGGAGGAAGAGGAAAGAGGAACGCAUGAGAGAGGCAGAAUACCAAGCACACUUGAAAGAAGUGGAAGAAGUGAAAGCUGGUAUGCCUUUAGUGUGUGUGAAUCAUGAUGGUCAGGGUGAUGGACCAACUAUUAAAGAUAUCCGUAUGGAAAAUUUCAAUAUAUCUGUUGGUGGUCGUGACCUUAUUGUUGAUGGUUCUGUCACGCUUUCUUUUGGAAGACACUACGGCCUUAUUGGAAGGAAUGGUACGGGUAAAACAACUCUCCUAAGACAUAUGGCUAUGCACACUAUUGAUGGUAUUCCCAAGAACUGCCAGAUAUUGCAUGUUGAGCAAGAAGUGGUUGGUGAUGAUACCUCAGUUUUGCAAUGUAUUCUUAACACUGAUAUGGAGAGAACCCAACUCCUAGAAGAAGAAGGUCGUCUGCUUGAAUUACAGAGAGUAAUUGACCUAGAAGGUGAAGCUGGAAAGGGUGAUAAGUUGAAUGAGGGAAUCGACAAAACUUCCCUUGCGAGAAGGCUUGAAGAGAUAUACAAAAGACUUGAUUUCAUUGAUGCUUACUCGGCUGAGUCACGUGCAGCAACUAUACUUUCGGGUUUGAGUUUCACUACAGAAAUGCAGAAGAGAGCGACCAAAACAUUUUCUGGAGGAUGGAGAAUGAGAAUAGCUCUUGCUCGGGCACUGUUCAUUGAACCUGAUCUAUUGUUGCUUGAUGAACCCACGAAUCAUCUUGAUCUGCAUGCCGUCUUAUGGCUGGAAAGUUACCUGGUGAAGUGGCCAAAGACAUUUAUAGUUGUCUCUCAUGCUAGAGAGUUCUUGAAUACUGUAGUCACAGAUAUUAUCCAUCUACAAAAUCAGAAAUUGCAGACUUAUAAAGGAGACUAUGAUACAUUCGAAAAGACACGAGAAGAACAAAUUAAGAAUCAACAGAAGGCAUUCGAGGCGAAUGAACGCACAAGGGCCCACAUGCAGACCUUUAUCGAUAAGUUCCGGUACAAUGCAAAGCGUGCAUCUCUUGUUCAAUCUAGAAUUAAGGCAUUGGAACGAAUUGGUCGUGUGGAUGAAGUCAUCAAUGAUCCUGACUACAAGUUUGAGUUUCCUUCUCCUGAUGAUAGACCUGGUGCUCCUAUUAUAAGCUUUAGUGAUGCAUCCUUUGGAUAUCCUGGGGGCCCAGUAUUGUUCAAAAAUUUGAAUUUUGGAAUAGAUUUGGAUAGCAGAGUAGCAAUGGUUGGACCUAAUGGUAUUGGAAAGUCAACAAUACUUAAGCUGAUUUCCGGGGAGCUUCAACCAAUUUCAGGGACUGUUUUCCGCUCUGCUAAGGUCCGCAUUGCUGUAUUUAGUCAGCAUCAUGUUGAUGGGCUGGAUCUGUCCUCAAAUCCCCUCUUAUACAUGAUGCGUUGCUUUCCAGGAGUGCCUGAGCAAAAAUUACGUGGUCAUCUAGGUUCAUUUGGUAUCACUGGAAAUCUUGCUCUGCAGCCCAUGUACACUUUGUCUGGUGGCCAAAAAAGCAGAGUUGCAUUUUCAAAGAUAACGUUCAAGAAGCCUCACAUAUUGCUUCUUGAUGAGCCUUCAAAUCACUUGGAUCUGGACGCUGUUGAGGCCCUGAUACAAGGUCUUGUCUUGUUCCAAGGAGGCGUACUAAUGGUCAGUCAUGAUGAACAUUUAAUAUCUGGUAGUGUUGAUCAACUCUGGGCCGUCUCUGAGGGCAGGGUGACGCCUUUCGAUGGGACAUUCCAAGAUUACAAGAAAAUACUGCAAUCAUCAUAAACAGUUCUAACAAAGGUUGUUGCUUUCUGAAGAGGAUGAACUAUUGUUAGUUACUUCAUGGCCUAGGCCCACGACUGUAUAUGCAUGAAAAUGACACACUUCCAAGAGUAAGCAACAGAUUGAUGCAGAAAAGCAGUGUUGUGUUUAAGAUUUUCAAAGUUGUUGAUGUUUAAUCUUAUAUGUUUUAUUUUUUCCUUUUAUAAAAAAACAAAGGCAUAAAUUUUGUUUUCA